AUGGGUUAUUUCACUGAGGAAAUUAGGUGGGAACAAUAAACAGUCAAUGCUGUGGUGACCCUUUCCUCCCAUCAUCGCCAUAAAAGAUCAAUUAAAAUUACAACCGUAUACAAAGGUGGAGAAAAGCAGUAGAAUUUUAUUGCUGCGGACUCUAUCGUUUAAACCAUAACAUUACCCAAGAUACAGUCGAUUAUACUGGGGAUAAACCAGUUAAGUUAAUGUUUGAUCUUGUAUAUCCACUGCCCACAUGACUUGACACAGUACAUUUUGUCACUUGUCAUUUGCAAGUACUGUCAAAUAAUCUUUCAGUUUAAAAUACAAAUGCUUAUCAGUAUCAGGAAAAGAUGAGUGAAUGAAACGUUUCUAAGAGCAAUUUAGACUAGAAAACAAAGAGAUUAAUGUGCACGUUUUCAUUCCGAAAGAAGAAGGAAUGUGAAUUGUGACCUUGUCCAGUUCAUUCCCUUAUUUAUAUUUUGUCUUCAAAAUUGAUGUUAAACACACACCUUCAAGCUUUCUGCCUCGGGUUCCAAAUACCAUUCGAAACAAGGCAGUCAUGAAAAUAAAUAGAAAAACUCUUAGAGAAUUCUGAGCAGAAAAUGUAAAACGAAUCUAGAAAACCUGAUCAUCGGAAUGAGACACACUUCAGCAUCAGGACAAGCUCCACGUCCUGUUCCAUCACAUAUCCAUUCAGAAUGUUAUUUUAAAACAUUUAUUUGAACAUUCAUUUCAGUUUCUAACAACUUUUCCAUAAUUUUACUUUUUCUGUGACACACUGAUUUUUCAUUAGGUUUCUCAACUAAAUGUUUCUCUACAUUCAGCUUUAAAUAUCAAACUUUACUGAAAAAAAUAUUUAUCUAUACAUCGUCAUCAUCCUUCAUCUCUGACUUCACAACAAAAACCUGGAAACUAAACAGCCAUUGAAGGGAAACUAUAGCUGCAAAAUUGUCAUCACAUCAACUGCAGCUAUAAUCCCACUAAUGCUUUUGAAUGACACACUGUAACAUGAUAAAUAUGUCCGAUCGCCCAUGUGUGUUUGUGCUGUGGACACAUUUCUGCUUCCUGCAUAUGAAAGUGAUGAUGUAAAAGCUGUUGUGGUGUCGAAGGGAAAGCCGCAAUUUACCGAUUAGAUUUAAACAGCAGGUGUGUCUGCGUCAAUUACGAUGAUGUCAGAGGCUUUAGUGCUGAUCACUAUAGAAUCAUGUGUUAGUCAUGUGUUAGUAUUACUGAAUGCUUCGUCAAAUGCAUAACACACACAAGUGCCCAUUUCUUCUCAGCUAACACAUUUGAAUCUGGAGUAUCUAUUACAGCUGAAAUUAAAAAAAUGAAUGAAUAUCAAAAUAGAGUGAAAGAGUGAAGCAACAUUUUAGUUAUUAUUUAGCAAAAACUACUACUUUAUUUACAUACUUCUUUUUUGACAGAUUAUUCCAAAUGGUAGGACUGAGAAGUUAUAUUAACUCAUAUAACUAUUCUGUUGCAGCUAAAGUAUUUCUUUGAUUUGUUUAUUUUUCCAAUAAGUGUAAAACUCAUCCCACAAAUUAAUCAGUAUCAGAUGCAUGAUAGGAAAUGGUGAUUGACUAAUAUGAGAAUACAACUGGAAGUCAUAUUUUAGAACAUAAGACAAGAUAGAUAAUAUUAAUUGUAACAACAACAAUAAUAGUAAAAAUAAUAAUUCAUAUUGUUAUUAUAAUAUAAUUUAUAUUGUUACUAAUUGUUAUUAAAAACAUAAUUCAUAGAGAAGUUUUUAAGAAACACAUUUACAAAGCACUUCUUGGACGAUACUGUUUUUUUUAUGAAAGACAACAGUCACAGUAAAGCAAUAAAAAUAAACAACUGGUUAAAGGCACUGAGAAACAUGUUAAGGACUUGGCUGCACCUUGUUUAAGUAGCUGUACAAUAUUGUUUUGACCUCCUAAUCUGAGCUCAGCUCCAACGUCAGCAGUGAUAGUCAAUAACUAGAUCUGUGCAGGACUGUGAGGAAGCAGCCGAUCGCAAACGAUGGAGAAAGGAGGACAGAGGCUCAACCUGAAGAGGGAAGUGGGGAUAUUAGGAGCAGUGUCCUUCAUCGCUGGAACCAUGAUGGGAUCUGGGAUCUUCAUAUCACCCCAGUAUGUGCUGGCUACUAUUGGCAGCCCUGGGGCCAGCAUGAUUAUAUGGGCCUGCUCUGGGUUGGUGGCCAUGCUGGGGGGCCUCUGCUAUGCUGAACUGGGCACAGUGAUACCAGAGUCCGGGGGAGAGUACAUCUACAUGCUGCGGACAGUGGGGAAAGGGGUGGCGUUCAUGUUUGUCUUCAGCUUCAUCAUGGUCAUGAGGCCCGCCAGUGCCACAGGAAUCGCCCUGAGUUGUGCUGAAUACGUCGUGGCCGUGUUUUACGAUGGCUGCGCCCCCCCACAGGUGCUGGUGAAGUGCGUGGCUGCAGUGAGCAUCAUAGUGCUUGCCAUCGUUAACUGUCUGAGCGUGCGCCUGGCCACCGCCAUCCAGGUGGGGUCCAUGGUCGUAAAGGUGCUGGCCCUGGCAGUGAUCGUGCUCGGAGGCGUUGUGAUGCUCUUCCAGGGAAACGCACAGAACUUUGACGGGUCAUUCGAGGGAACAAAUGUUGGCGUCAACUCCAUUGGUGUUGCUUUCUAUCAGUGCUUGUGGUCCUAUGACGGCUGGAACACUUUGAAUUAUUUAACUGAGGAGCUGAAACAUCCAGAAGUAAGUUUAGUUCAGAAGUAAGUUCACUUUUGAAAGUGUGCUGUUGGUAAAUAUUUUUGAUGUUUAUGAUGAUGUGGUUGUUAUAUAGUUAUGUAAGUGUCAAACACAUUAAGAUCAUACUAGAUCUACUAUCAAGUUUAUAAAUCAUUAAUCAUUCCUAGUGCAUUGGCCCCUCCCACAA